AAUUAGCCUUUCUUGUUCUUUCAAACCAACGUUUGUGGUUUUUGUAGUUAUUGAGAAAAUAUUAACUGUAAAAAAUAAAAGACUGUCACUGCUAGCUAAAAACAACUGUAGCCGAUGGCCGUUAGCCGCCGGUCUCCAUGGUAGAAGGUGAGUAGGUGAGUCCAUCCGACUCAAAUCCACCUAAACGGACCAAGAGGACACCAGUUUGUUUGAAUUCCGGUGUUCCAACCCGGGGGUUACCAUGGUGACGCACCGGGCGCGAGCAGACGUGAAACAGGAGUCGGUCUGAGACCAACAGCCGGACAGGAAUGGCAGCAACCGCUCGGAGCUUUGGCGACUUUUAAUGGACUCUGGACUCAGAAGGCACGUUCCUGAUGGAGAAAUACGAAAAGCUUGCCAAAAUAGGGGAGGGCUCCUACGGCGUGGUGUUCAAGUGCAGGCACAGAGACACGGGCCAGAUCGUGGCCAUCAAGAAGUUUGUGGAGUCUGAAGAUGAUCCCAUCAUCAAGAAGAUUGCACAGCGAGAAAUACGCAUGCUGAAGCAGCUGAAACAUGUGAAUUUGGUCAACCUGCUGGAGGUCUUCAGGAGGAAACGACGGCUUCAUUUGGUGUUUGAGUUCUGUGAGCAAACGGUCCUGAAUGAGCUGGACAAACACCCCAGAGGGGUUCCCGAGGCUCGGCUGAAAAGCAUCGUGUGGCAGACGCUGCAGGCUGUGAACUUCUGCCACAAACACAAUUGCAUCCACCGCGACGUGAAGCCAGAGAACAUCCUUCUCACCAAAAACGGAGUCAUCAAGCUGUGCGACUUUGGCUUCGCCCGCAUCCUGAUGUUCAUUAUUCAGUGUCUAAAGCGUGAUGUCAUCACAUGUCUGCUGCUGCGCUCAGCGGGGCCCGAGGACGACUACACCGACUACGUGGCGACCCGCUGGUACCGAGCCCCCGAGCUGCUGGUGGGGGACACUCAGUACGGCCCUCCUGUGGACGUCUGGGCUCUGGGCUGCGUCUUUGCCGAGCUGCUCAACGGGAAUCCGCUCUGGCCCGGGAAGUCCGACGUUGACCAGCUAUAUCUCAUCCGGAAAACUCUGGGUGACCUGAUUCCUCACCACCAACAGAUCUUCCACUCCAACGUGUUCUUCAGCGGUGUCAGCAUUCCUGAACCCGACACGACGGAGCCCUUGGAGAAGCGCUUCUGCAACGUGUCUCCGUUUGCUCUUCAGAUUAUGAAGUCGUGUCUGGCGAUGGACCCGUCUCUCCGGCUGUCCUGCGAAGAGCUGCUGCAGCUGCCCUACUUUCAGGAGGAAGGAGGGGCCCCCUGGGGCCGUGAGGCGGAGCGCCUCGGGAGACGGCACGACCGAGGCUCCCGACGUAGGCAGGCCGGGGUGCAGUACCUGCCUCAGUUACCUCACAGCAACAUCUCACCUGCUCCCGACACCAAGAGACAAGUGAAGCAUAAGUAUCACCUGCCCAACAUCUAAAAAGGACAUUUCUGUGUAAAACUGCAGCUGGAAAAUGUCAUGUGGACUUUCGCUUAGUUGUGUGAAGUCAUUCCAGUACAUAUGAAUAUACUUUAGUGUAUUAGAAGCGUUAUUACAUUAUUAAUAAGUGUAAUAACAGAUGCUCAGUGCAUGCAGAUAUAGCUGAACUGUUUUUACUCGUCUGUAAAUGAUAUGAACGGUGGUCAUUAGUGUGCCAUCGUCGCUUUGACUCAAAUAGUUUUCAUGUUUUCUAUCAAAUCUGAUGCUUAUUGAUUCUCUCUGGAUUCACUCUUCAGGGUUUUAUUGCUUUUGUAGUUUGUCUCAUCAUACAAACAAAUAAAACGUCUGAUUUCCUUUCAA